AUGAUUACAUCUACUCUCGUAUCCCGUGCCCAGAAUCGCCAGACCGCUGCUUUGCUUCCUUGGUGUCUCUUGAAACCGAGAGUCUCACCGGAGAAACUGAAGAGCAUCCUCGACUAUGUACGUAUGCUACCAUGCCCGCAAACAUACCAAUGCUUCGCUAACUCCGAUCUUCCUGGCCGAGCCGACAUCGUCAUGAACCUCUACUGCCAGAUUUAUGGUCGCACAGACCAGUCUUGCUUCUUCGGUGGCGAGGGGAUGGUCGUGAUGACCAAUCCCAUCAGCAGAGCAUGCAUCUAA